AGGCCCCUGAUGACACGUGAACACACACACACAGUGACACACACACUCAGUGUUCAGAAUGACACAGGUCUGAUCGGAGGGAGGUGAUCUCUGAAAUUGCUCAGUGAGCACCCCUAAUUUCCCUGAUUUACAUAUCGCUGUCAAUCACACCCAAUGGAAUCCAAUCAGAAAGCAAGCGGGGACGGACUGGCGGGAACGCAGAAGGAGGCGGCGCUGCGGGCGCUCAUGCAGCGCACCGGAUACCAACUGCAGCAGGAGAACGGCCAGCGGCGGUACGGUGGCCCCCCGCCCGACUGGGACGGCCCACCGCCAGAGAGAGGCAGCGAGAUAUUUGUGGGGAAACUACCAAGAGACUUGUUUGAAGACGAGCUGGUCCCUCUGUGUGAGAAGUUUGGAAAGAUCUACGAGGUGAGGAUGAUGAUGGACUUUAACGGGAACAACCGAGGUUACGCCUUUGUCACCUUCAGCACCAAACUGGAGGCCAAAGCUGCCAUGAAGCAGCUCAACAACUAUGAGAUCAGAAACGGUCGCCUCCUCGGAGUUUGUGCCAGCGUGGACAACUGUCGUUUGUUUGUGGGCGGGAUUCCCAAAACCAAGAAGCGUGAGGAGAUCCUGACUGAGAUGAGGAAGGUCACCGACGGGGUCGUGGACGUCAUUGUGUACCCAAGCGCCGCCGACAAAUCCAAGAACCGAGGCUUCGCCUUCGUCGAGUAUGAGAGCCACCGAGCAGCUGCCAUGGCCCGUCGCAAACUGCUGCCAGGUCGUAUUCAGCUGUGGGGUCACGCCAUCGCUGUGGACUGGGCGGAGCCUGAGGUGGAGGUGGAUGAGGAUACCAUGGCAACCGUCAAGAUACUGUACGUCAGGAACCUGAUGCUGCAGACCACUGAGGAGACCAUUGAGAAGGAGUUCAACAGCCUCAGACCAGGAGCAGUGGAGCGAGUGAAGAAGAUCAGAGACUACGCCUUCGUCCAUUUCACUCAGAGAGAAGACGCCAUCAAUGCCAUGAACACGCUGAACGGAAAGGUGGUCGAUGGCUCACCCAUCGAGGUGACUCUCGCCAAGCCAGUGGACAAAGACAGUUACGUCCGUUACACUAGAGGGACCGGAGGACGAGGAGGGUCUCUGCUGCAGACCGACUACGCUGCCUACACUCUGGGACAGGUGUACGACCCCUCAGCGGCGUACCUUGGUCCGCCCAUGUUUUACGCCCCCCAGGCCUACACUGCCAUACCAGGUCAGUUUCGCUUCCCGCCGGCCAAAGCUCAUGUCGGAGGUCGAGGUUUGAUCAGGACGCCGUCUGUUCGAGAAAUUUACAUGACUGUACCUGUAGGGGCUGCCGGGGUGCGGGGGCUGGGUGGACGAGGCUACCUGGCCUAUGCUGCCGGGGUCGGAGCCAUGGGCCGAGGCGGCACCUCCUAUGGCUUGAAGGCAGACAAGCAGGCGGAGGAGAAGCUGUAUGACCUUCUGCCGGGCAUGGAGCUGACCCCUAUGAACCCUGCUGCCACAAGCCUGAAGGCCGCCACCAUCAAACCUGCACCACAGGUUCUGGAGGAGUUGUGUCAGAAGAAUAACUGGGGUCAACCUGUCUAUCAGCUCCACUCAGCCAUCAGUCCAGACCAGAGACAACUCUUCCUCUAUAAGAUCACCAUACCAGCUUUGGCUACACAGUACCCCAACGUACAUCCCUUCACCCCCACUAAGCUGUGUGCAGCUGUGGAGGAAGCUAAAGUCCACGCAGCCGAGCACACCCUGCAGACGCUCGGCCUGCAGACAGAGGGCGCCGCCGAUGCCAACUGUGCUACUGCUGCUGCUGUGGCUUCAGUAGCCUUCCCAGGUUACACUCUGGCGAGCCCGGCGUCGUCCGCCGUCGCCUCCCAGCUGAAGCAGGCCGUGUCUCUGGGUCAGGACCUGACCGCCUACACCACCUACGAGGGCUACCCUGCCUUUGCUGUGGCGGCCCGCCACACCGACGGGUACGGCGUUUUCUAGAAGAGCGGGAAAACAGUCUCAGCCGAGGACGCAUCAGUUUCAAAGCUUUGACAGUAAAAACAUGUUAGAUGUGGUGAAUGGGUUCAUGCUGAGGCAGAGUGUGAAUGCUCCGUCACACCGCUGGCUUCUCUCUUCAUAUCACCGCCUCUGCUUUCCUACCUUUAUUUGAAUUACAUGUCCGUACAUACCUGUGAUUAUUAUGUGAUUGAUUAAGUAUCUGGCCUGUGAUUGGCUGUUAAAGGUUUUGAAUCAAUGUUUUAAUCAGUUGAUUUUAGUUUGUUAGUUUCUACUUUGUUUACAAUAUUCAGAGGCUGAAUCGGCUGAAUAGAUUUUAUUAUUUUAUCCUUUUUUUGUAACUCUGCGUUUUCUUGAAGUUAGCUGGAAUUUGUAGUUCUUUUUUUCUCUUACACAUUUAUUUUGUGCUGUUUUUGACGCUGCAGUAGUUUGUCCUGACCGACUCGAAGGUUUGAAGACGCUGCAGAGUCCGGGAGUUUAAGAUGGAAACUUGUUUUAGUCGCUGAGGCAUUCUGGACUUUCUUUAAACUGUGAAUAUGUAGUUUUUAGGUCUUGUGCGUUUCAAAGGAAUCUAAACUUUCCCUCCCUCAUUGUUGACCAGUACUCCUUUCUGCCCUUCUGAUGUGUUUUACGUUAAUGGAAAAAACGAAACGCUUUAUUACGACUACCUGUAACACUGCUUUGAAAUCAGCUCAUUAAAGAAACACCUGAACGUGAACCGGAAUAGAAAGAUCAGCUGUUGAAAUGCUUCAGAUCUUGAUCAGAUUGUCUUGAUUUUUUUUUUAACCGUGUUUCAGUAUUUUCACGUUCGCGUCGUGCGUUGUUUGUUCUGUUUCUACGAAAGCUGCGAUCCGGAACCUUCUGCAAAGGGAGCCCAGGAGCGCCAACGCUCGCUGUAGUUAAAGGUUAGGGAGAGAUGGUAGCUAUGGCGUUUACACCCACGUCUCUUAGCUUCUGAUUUAGAGUCAAAAUGAUAAUACUGGAACAUGAUUGGCCUCCUUAUGCUGACGUCUCCUCAGCAGAUCUUUAAUUUCUUAAUUUGUGUUUCUGGAAUUUUACAAUUGACACGCUGACACCCGAGCUGUGAACAUGCCAAAGCAGAGACAGUAUUAAAGUGUGUGAAGCACUUAGAACUUAUUUUUAUACCAAGAAAAAGAAUAAAUAUCCAGACACUAUUUGUAUUUUUGAGUUAUUUUGUCUGUAAUUGACCCAAUAAACAUGUUAAAGUGAAUCAGUACUAAUGUGUGAUGGACAGAAGGAAUUGUGGGUAUUCUGGACGGUUUUCAUAUCACGAAAGAAAACUGCUUUGAUAAAUUUUGAUCUUUCCAAAAUAAAGAAACAUAAAUCAGA